ACAAAUUAGUUCUUGUAAAAAAAAAAAAAACAAAUUAGUUGAAUUGAAUUGAUAAAAGUACUGUAAAUUAUUCUUUUGAUAUAAGAAAAAUAAUUUACCGAUAAUUCAGCAACGCAAGGAAGCACGGCGCAUGGAGAACGUUCCAGAAUCUUCAUCAAGAGGGACGAAACGCCGGCGAGCUGAGGAUUCCGAUGCCGGCGGAAAUACCUCAUUAUCACUCGAAAACGAUCUUACUUUCACUGAUACGCUUAUUGCGCUUCGAAUCAUGCGAGCUCAGUUUCCUCAAAUUCACAAUGUUUCGGUUGAACCGUUUAUAUUGAAGUCUCAAUUGUAUAGCAGUGUGAAGGAUAGAACACAAGUGGAUAGGGAACUAGAGACCCUAAGGAGGGAUAAAGUGCUUCGAGUUUUUAAAUUAAAUACUGGACAAGAUGAUCAUGCUGUAAUGUUUUUGGAUGACUACAUAAAACAGAUAGAUCGUGUUGUUAAAAGAAUGGAAGGAAAGAUAGGAGCAGAAUGUGAAAUUUUUGAGUGGUUCAGAACUCAUGUCCUAGAUUCAAAGCUGGAAACUGGCAUUGAACAUCAGGAGCUUUGCUCACUCUUGUCACUUGGGGGAAAAGUGAAGGACAGUCACAUCUCCCUACUAAUUAAUGCGGGCAUCCUUACUAGGCAACUUAUUGAUCCAAACAUGUAUUGGAUAGCAAUUCCAAAUAUUGGCUCACUUCUUAAGGGUCUUGUUCAGGGAAGGAAGGAAAUUAUUUCCCUUCUCAGCCGUCGUCGAUAUAAAGAGAUGAUGUUAGCCAUUUUGGAAAAGAAGCGUCUUCGAAUGUCCCCACUUGAUAUGAGAUUUCAUCUUCGCGAUUUGAUUGGUUCAGGUCAUCUCAGAACUGACCAGACUCCAACUGGUAUAAUUAUUAGAGUCUCAAAAGAUUAGAGAUCCUGAAAAGUCAUAGAUUUACUUGGACCCAUGAAAUUAUUUGUCUGUUGUUCUUUGCUGUUAAUUUCAAUAAGAGAUUUAGUUGCUUAUGCUUUUGAUAUAUAGUUGGCAUUUUUUAUUUUAUUUAUAAAUGGAUAUAGAAUUGGUGUAUCACUUCAAAUGUCUGUCUUACAUUACAUGUGAGACAACUAUAGAUGCAAUAUCAUAUUUUAUCCUUUGAAUGAUUAAGGAAACAAUUUUACCAUGGCAACCAUUUUCAUCAGCAUCAUGGACCAAUUGAAGCUAAUGUAAGUUUCCUUUCACAAAGUUCAAUUAUAUUGAUUCAGGUUAUGUGUUUUUCUUUUCUCCCUUGAAUGUCUGUAACCUUCAUGGUUUACUAAAACGCUUGCAUUUAUCUAUUUUUCAGGUUACCACUUACUUGAAGCAAUCGUCUGAUUAGAAUUUGUGCUUUCAUUGUUUCUACAUCAAAUGUACUUCCACUGUUAUUGGUGCUGUGAAUUAUUUAUGCGUAGUAAUUUUUUUUAUAAGUAUCCAUCUCGCAUUCUUUUUUUACUUGUGAUUCGUAAAUCGCAAUGUAGCUUUUAAAUUACAAAUGGUUAACUUCAUUGA